UCCGGUCGUACUGUGCGUAACCCGUCGAGCUACUGGACCAAGCUUCUUGGUACCAAGGCCACGAUGAUCAUGCACCCGAGGAUCGAAGAUGAAGACUUCAUCGCUUUUAAAAUCGCCCGGGACCGCAUGGUCGAUCGUCGCAAUGAGGCCGUGCAACACCGGUGGAAGGUCCUGCGCAAGGAGAUUUCUUGGGAGGACGUGGAGGACGAGGCAUCGGACGUUCUGGAGUUCAUCCGUGACCGGGAGCCCUUGCCGUGGGUCCUGGGCCCACGCGGUCGUACACUCUCCGACCCGGAGUUGGCCGAGAUCGCCGAGCGGAAGGAGCGCAUCGGUCGGGCAGUCAACAAGUUGCUGGGCGUGCAUGCUUUGACUUGGGAAGAGCUCCGGCAGGGCAAGGAACCUCGGCCGUACGUGCCUCCCCAUCAACAGCCCAGGGAGCCCAACUACCCUCCGCCGGACAGACUCAGGUCUAAAGCCAUGCCACGGCCGGGCGCGCAAGUCCAGAUUCCCCCCGUCAUUUCCCAGGCCGCCCCAGCCAAACAACCCGCCGUGCGUCCAGCUGCAGUGACACCACCCAAGGCCGAGCCCGCCAAGGCGGCACAGCCCCCCGCCGAUCCACCUCAACCGGUCAUGCUUUCUGCCCCGGACACUGCAGCCCCACCGGACGAUCAG